CGUGCCCAGUCGGUUCUCUCUCGCUCUCGCUGGAAAAUAGAAAACACAAGCAAAGGUAAACAGUGAACAAAGACACCGGUAGGGAUAACAAAGGAAGCGGAGAGCAUUUCCACCGGAAGCGGAAGUGCAUUUGCAGUGCGCUCAGAACAGGGAGAUCACUCAUACGCACUACCGAAAUUACGCAUACGCAGGGUUGGCCAGAAGAAAGAAAGUUAAGAAAUAAGUGACUGCACUACUAAUAAGGAAAUUACACAUACGCACGGUUGGCAGCUGUUGGCUAAUAAGGAAAUUACUCAUACGCCGCGGUGGCCUUUGAUGAGGUAGGAGUCGCUGAAAAGAACAAAAGAUGGGCACUCCUCAUGUCUGCUUCGCCGAUGAGCAGCAGCAGCAGCAGCAACAACACAAGACCGCCAGCAAUGGCAGCCUGAACAACAACAACAACAACAAACUGGAUGUGGGCUACAACAACACUUUGGGCAAUGGCACCCCCUCGCCGGGCGGCAGUCUCAGCGUUUCGCCAACGCCGCGCUACGAACGCAAUCUGGGCUUCUUUCGGCAGCUGAGCCGCCGCUUCGGCCUGAGGUCGCAGGAUGACCUAGUUCAGUCGGAUGACGCAGCCAGCGUUGCAACAUCGAGAAGUGGAGGCGGUGGAGGAGGGGGAGUGGCCGGAGUCACGCUCCAGGAGGAGGACGCGCACAGUUCAUCGACCGACUCGUGCUCCUCGGGGCGUGGCCUCAACGUGGCCCAUCAGUCGCGACUGGAGCUCAUGUCCAUGUCGUGUGCCUCCAGCGAGACGAGCAGCACCCUAGACAUCGAGGAGCAGCAGGAGCAACUGCAGCAGCAGGAGCAAGUGCAGCAACCAUCGAAGAGGAAGCCAAUUAGCCGGGCCAGUUUCUCGCGUCUCCAUCGACGCUCCACAUCUUCGCUGCGUCGCGCCUUCGAAAGUCUUUCGCUCACCUCGCGUUCGAUGUCCUGCAGCGGUCCCUCACCCCCACCGCCGGCUGCCCAUCCUCCCACAAUCGCCAGCGGUCCGCCAGCAGCGGCCCUGCCCCUCAAGUCGGCCCUCAAAUCUGCCUCAAAUGUGGAACUGCACAGGCAGCAGCAACUACAGCAACACCAUCAUCAACAUCAUCCGAUGGGCAGGUCAUCCUCAUCGUCCUGCAGUUCAGUGGCCAAAAGCAAGGUGAAGCCGCCGCCACAGAGGAUCCUGCGGCAGCCCGUCUCCUACACAUAUCUCAAGGGCAUGUCCGGUCUGCCGACGCAGCGGGUGCCGCGCAGUUCCGUCUGCUGUCAGUAUGCCAGGCGCUAAGGACCCACUACUCAAAUCGAAAAGGAUAUCCAGGAUAACAAGGCAAUGAGAAGAUAAUAGAGGGAAAGAGAGUAAGCAGUAUCAGGAACCACUAAUCAGCUAAGCAAGCAAUCACCCUUAUCCUUUUUUCUU